AGUGAAAUUGGCAUCCCAUAACACAAAGUCCAGAGUUGGAGCGGGAGCAGGAGCCAGAGAGUGACAAUGGCCCGGGACAGGUGCUGGCUUCUCUUAAUUCUUUUCACAUGUGGGCUGACGCCAGAAGUUGCUGCAGAAACUGAGAUAUCCUCAGAUGGUCCUGUUGCUGCCCAGGAACCCACAUGGCUCACAGAUGUCCCAGCUGCCAUGGAAUUCAUUGCUGCUGCUGAGGUGGCCAUCAUAGGCUUCUUCCAGGAUUUAGAAAUACCAACAGUGUCUGUAUUUCAUGGCAUGGUGCAAAAAUUCCAGAAUGUGUCCUUUGGAAUUAGCACUGAUUCUGAGGUUCUGAGCCACUACAACAUCACUGGGAACAGCAUUGUCCUCUUUCGUCUGGUGGAUAACGAACAACUGCAUUUAGAGGGUGAAGACCUUGAAAGCAUUGAUGCCACUAAAUUAAGCCGUUUCAUUGAGAUCAACAGCCUCCACUUGGUGACAGAGUACAACCCUAUGACAGCAAUUGGCCUGUUUAACAGCAUGAUUCAGAUUCAUCUUCUGCUGAUAAUGAACAAAAGCCUCCCAGAGUAUGAAGAGAGCAUGCACAGAUUCCGGAAGGCAGCUAAGCUCUUCCAAGGAAAGAUUCUCUUUAUCAUGGUGGACAGUGUUAUGAAGGAAAGUGGGAAGGUGAUAUCAUUUUUCAAGUUAAAGGAGUCUCAACUGCCAGCUUUGGCCAUUUACCGGACUGUAGAUGAUGAGUGGGACACACUGCCCUUCACGGUAGUUUCCGCAGAGAAUGUGCAAAAAUUCUGUGAUGGAUUUCUAAAAGGGAAAUUGUUGAGAGAAAAUCAUGAAUCAGAAGAAAAGACUCCAAAGGUGGAACUCUGACUUCUCCCUCAGAUGACUGCAUACUACCAAGUGUCAACUUCAGGUUGAAUAAACGGAGGCAACUCAAACCUCCGAGACACUGAGCAAUGGAGCCGCCAGGUCUCCCAACCACGUGUACACACACACACACACACACACACACAGAGAUUUUGUUCCUUAAAAUCUUAAUAUGUACUCUCCUUUCUUUUAAAUUUCCUAUACUCUCACUACCCACUCAAUGUCCUCUCAUGCAUUCAUAGAGUAUUGGCCCAUCUAUAGUACUAUUAGAUGGAGGCUUGAAACAAAAUACUGGGGCACCUCCAUGAAGGGAAGACAUUCAUACAGAGAUUGCUCUUAUCUGUCAUUUAAUAUUGCAUUUGUACACUGCACAUCACUUACUCACAGUGCUAUUGACAGCUACCCAAGGGUUGAAAUUCUACCUUUCUUCAUAAGCACAUGCCUCUCUCUGACUCAGGGCCAAGUACAGAAGGAUGGUCCUUUGCCAAGGUUAAAUGAUGUCUCCAAGUCUCUGCACUCAGCAGAAACGGACCCAUAAAAAUUCUGUGCUUGUUUAGCAUUUCCAACUCCCCGUGUAAACCAACAAUCCACAUAAUAAAUAAAAAGCAAUAAUGUUAUAGGAA